AUGAAAAAAGGUUUAAAACUCUCCGAAGAACCACCCAAAAACACAUCAUGUAAAGACCAACCUUUUUCUAGAUUAGCAGCUAGUAACCAAAGUCCAAACGGCUGUCCAAGGCGAAGAGGCAGACAAACGUACACACGUUUCCAAACACUAGAACUCGAAAAAGAAUUUCACUUCAACCACUAUCUGACACGGAGAAGGCGUAUCGAAAUUGCACACGCUCUAUGUCUGACAGAAAGACAGAUAAAAAUCUGGUUCCAAAACAGAAGGAUGAAACUUAAAAAGGAACUCCGAGCAGUAAAAGAAAUCAACGAACAGGCGAGGAGAGAAAGAGAGGAACAGGAACGACACAAGCAGCAACAGCAAGAAAAGCAACAAAAAUUAGAACAGAACUUACACCAACACCAUCACGAUCCGAUGAAAAUGAACUUAGAAAAAUCGGGUAGCUCGGAUCUUCUAAAAGCAGUAACAAAAGUUCCAACAUAA